AUGGUUUGGACGAUCCAUUUUGCUAACUAUGUCUCCUUUAAGAUUCGAGUCAAAGCAGUGGGACCGGUACGAGCCCGAUCCCUCUCCUCGAAACCGGAGCACCCAGAGGAAACCGGAGCACCCAGAGGAAACCGGAGCACCCAGAGGAAACCGGAGCACCCAGAGGAAACCGGAGCACCCAGAGGAAACCGGAGCACCCAGAGGAAACCGGAGGACCCAGAGGAAACCGGAGCACCCAGAGGAAACCGGAGGACCCAGAGGAAACCGGAGCACCCAGAGGAAACCGGAGGACCCAGAGGAAACCACCAUUACACCCAUUUGUGA